UGCUGCCAAAAAAGUAUCUCUCCAUCCACCAUGCUCCGUGACUGCCCUCCUUUAUCGGCGGUACCCCGCGACCAUGGAUAAUCCGAACUUCCCAUGGGCCGCGGCUGUCCGUGGAUUCUGACGUCGUCGAGCCCACCUCCUGCCCUCCGAUAAGAUUCUGGGGGUUGGAACUUAUAUACUUUGCCUGUCCCUCCUUCUAUCACAGAGCUGGAACUUUAUGUGCUUAAGCUGUGAUCUAUACUACUUCUACACUUCUUCCAUCCCCCUUCUCCCCUGUCGACUUAACUAGAGAUCUGUGUCAAGUUUCUGUUACCAAAGUCUUCACCAUGAGCCAAUCUGAGGCCCAGCUCAAGGACGUGGCCAUCCUGGGCACUGUGAGCACCGAAGCUCGCAAGAUCCUCACCAAAGACGCCUGCGUCUUCCUUGCCAUCCUCCACCGCGCCUUCAACUCCACCCGCAAAGCUCUCCUCCAACGCCGCAUCGACCGACAAGCUGAGAUCGACAAGGGCCACCUGCCCGACUUCCUCCCCGAAACCAAGCACAUCCGCGAGAAUGACGCCUGGAAGGGCGCUCCCCCGGCCCCUGGCCUAGUCGACCGUCGGGUUGAGAUCACAGGUCCCACCGACCGGAAGAUGGUGGUGAACGCGCUCAACUCGGAUGUCUGGACAUACAUGGCGGAUUUCGAGGAUUCCAGCGCCCCCACCUGGGAGAACAUGAUCAACGGCCAGGUCAACCUCUACGACGCGAUCCGCCGGCAGGUGGACUUCAAGCAAGGCAACAAGGAAUACAAGCUGCGGACGGACCGGGUGCUGCCGACGUUGAUCGCGCGCGCUCGAGGCUGGCACCUCGAGGAGAAGCACUUCACCGUCGACGGCGAGCCCAUCUCCGGCAGUCUGUUCGACUUCGGCCUGUACUUCUACCACAACGCCAAGGAGCUGGUGGCCCGCGGGUUCGGGCCGUACUUCUACCUGCCCAAGAUGGAGUCGCACCUGGAGGCGCGCCUGUGGAACGACGUCUUCAACCUCGCCCAGGACUACAUCGGCAUGCCCCGCGGCACGAUCCGCGGCACCGUGCUGAUCGAGACCAUCACCGCCGCCUUCGAGAUGGACGAGAUCAUCUACGAGCUUCGGGACCACAGCUCCGGCCUGAACUGCGGCCGCUGGGAUUACAUCUUCUCCUUCAUCAAGAAGUUCCGCAAGCACCCCAACUUCGUGCUGCCGGAUCGCUCGGACGUCACCAUGACGGUGCCGUUCAUGGAUGCCUACGUGAAGCUGUUGAUCAAGACCUGCCACCGGCGAGGUGUCCACGCUAUGGGCGGCAUGGCAGCUCAGAUCCCGAUUAAGAACGACGCGGCAGCCAACGACAAGGCGAUGGAGAGCGUGCGGGCGGACAAGCUGCGGGAAGUGCGGGCGGGCCACGACGGGACUUGGGUUGCCCACCCGGCGCUGGCGGCCAUCGCCUCGGACGUCUUCAACACCCACAUGCCCACCCCGAACCAGCUCUUCGUGCGCCGCGAAGACGUCAAUAUCACCGCCAACGACCUCCUGAACACCAACGUUCCAGGCAAGAUCACCGAGGAGGGCAUCCGCAAGAACCUGAACAUCGGCCUGUCGUACAUGGAGGGCUGGCUCCGGGGUGUGGGCUGUAUCCCCAUCAACUUCCUCAUGGAAGACGCCGCCACCGCCGAAGUCUCGCGCAGUCAACUCUGGCAAUGGACGCACCACGGCAUCACCACCUCCGACGGCAAGAAGGUCGACAAGGCCUACGCCCUGCGCCUGCUGCAGGAGCAGGCCGACGACCUGGCCGCCAAGGGCCCCGCCGGCAACAAGUUCCAGCAGGCCGCCCGCUACUUCGCCGGUCAGGUCACCGGCGAGGACUACGCGGACUUCCUGACCACCCUCUUGUACAACGAGAUCUCCUCGGCGGGUAGUGCGUCCCCCGCGGCCAAGCUGUAGAUCGGCUGGACCCGUUGUUUGGAA